AUGUCAGAAGAAGGUGUUACUGAGGCACGAUUUUCUCUGAAGGCAGUAGCUUUACGUGUGUUUCAUCUUCCCCUUUCUUGGUAUUAUUCUCUCCACCAGAUAAAGCUUUCUCCUGGACUAAAGAAGCUUUUCACAGUAACAGCAGUGAGUGCGAUAUCUGUUAUUUUUCUGGCCCAUCAUUUUAAAAGAAGACGUGGAAAGAAAAACAAGAAAGUGCCACCAUGGGAACCAAAUCACCUAGUGUUAGAGUGUACGAAAGCAGCUGCAUCAGAAAAAGGUUCUAGUUGUUCCAGUAGUCGGCAAAACUUGACUCUUUCUCUGAGCUCUGCCAAGGAAAAAGGAUCUCAGUCUUGUAUCUAUGCCAAUGGGGGACUCUUCAGUAAAUACUCUGGUUCAGUUCAAAGCCUCACCUCGGUUCACAGUGCCACCUCUUGCCACAGCUGUGCUUGUGCCAAUUCUAAUUCGUGGGAUAAGGCAGAUGAAGAUGAUAUUAAACUUGUCAAUAUUCCAGUGACCACACCUGAGAAUUUAUAUUUGAUGGGCAUGGAGCUUUUUGAAGAAGCACUGCGUCGGUGGGAGCAGGCGCUAACUUUCCGUAACAGGCAAGUUGAAGAUGAAGCGAGUUGUGGUUCCAUUAAGACGGGAGCAGGAGAUGCGAUUGCAGAAGAAAGUGUAGAAGAUAUCAUUAGUGCUGAAUUCAUUCAUAAGCUCGAAUCCCUUCUUCAAAGAGCUUAUCGUCUUCAGGAGGAGUUUGAAGCCACUCUCGGGGCCUCUGAUCCUGCUUCUCUAGCUAAUGAUAUUG